ACUAAACAAGAACAGUUACUGGACUAAACAAGAACAGUUACUGGACUAAACAAGAACAGUUACUGGACUAAACAAGAACAGUUACUGGACUGAACAAGAACAGUUACUGGACUGAACAAGAACAGUUACAAGAUUUAAGAUGAAGUUAUAUUGUGGUGGGUUGGUAGGUAUGGUAUGGUCAUGGGCUCUACUAAUGGGGCAUCUCCUACCUGCUUACUCUAUACCCAUGGGCAUCACGACCGGGUAUCCCACAGGAGAGACACUACCAGCUUACCAGUCAACCACAACUACCACAAUUGCUGAGUACACAGAGUGCAUAGAGGACGACUAUGGGACGGUACUCAAGGCUGGUAGUACAGAGAGGUGCAAGAAGGUGGUUCAAAUCGACCCUUCCGGGUGUCACCUAGACGACCCUAUAACCACCUUCAUCCUGGUCGACACCGACGCUGACCCAGGCUCUGUCACCCACCAGCCUCACCAGGUCGUAAGUGACAGCGAAGCAGAGUUGUACCUACAAGAGACGCAAGCUGGGUCGUACGACAUCUACUGCUACGACGGACGUAACUAUACUACCAACACACAAUAUCGCGUCAACGUUGGAUACGAGCCAGAGGACUUGAGGGACUGGAGAUGCGCCUCUUUUAACUGGGAGACACUGGUGUGUAGGUGGCUGGUGACUGAUAACCCUGUCAAGACUGUCACCUUCCCCUACCUGGCUACCUCUGCUACACCCAGAGAGUGUCAUUGUGAGGUACCUACGUGCCCUGAGGUACCUACGUACGUUGAUGGGGCUCCUAAAUACACUGAUGGGGUUCCUAUGUACACUGAGGCACCUAUGUACCUUAAUGAGGCUGCUACGUACUCUAAUGGGGUUCCUACGUACACCGAUGGGACUCCUAUUUAUCCUAAGGCACCUACUUACCCUGAUGAUAUAUAUACGUACCCUGAGGCAUCUACGUAUCCUGCUGCACCUGCGUACCCUGAGACAUCUACGUAUCCUGAUGCACCUGCGUACCCUAAUGGGGCACCUACCUGCUUCCUCACCUGCUGCACCUGGACGCAGGAUUCGGGAUACGAACCUACCUAUCCUAACCUAUCAAUGGUGUUCCUACGUAGGAACGCCCUGGUACCUAAUGACCUCACCUUUUAUCAUCAUGCUGACUACCUGGGGGCCACGGGACAGUGCCAGGGUCCCAAGUGUGAGACAGUGGUCCAGCUGGACCACUGGUGGACCCAGUAUACACUCAGGGUUCGUCUACGAUCAGGCGCGGCCACCAUGACCCUGAUGGACGAUGGUUGGUGGUCUGAUUGGUCGCCUCUGAGUGUUUUAACACCAACCUCAUUACCUGAAGUGGCACCUGCAGUAGGACCUGGCACCUUCCUGGUCACCUUCAGGUCACCACUACGUGACCUCACCUUCACCUGGCGACCUGUCCCUACCCUCCUUCACAAUGCUCCUGACUUCACCUAUUUCGUCAGCGCCUCUGUCAGCACUACUAGGGUCACAGUCACAAAUGCUACUGUGAAAGGCACCUGUUUCACCUUUGCUAACCUCUCCAGUAGUCAGUCUUAUAGGUUGGAGGUCGUGGGUCAGAACAGUGAGGGUAUAGGUCAUGAGAGGUCGUGGGUACUAGUGUGGGCAGCCAGGGACAUGCCCCAGGUACCCAUCCUUCCCGUUGUUAUAAUACACCAACUACAAGAACAGCAGCUAUUGUAUGAGCUCAGGUGGAGCAGCAGUGGCGCGGGACACGGGUACACAGUGUACCUGUGUAGUGGUCACCUGGGCACCUCACACACCUGUCAGGCUGCCAUCUACUGGCUUGCACUGGGUGAGCUGACAUCUGUCAACCUCACCCUGGCUGACUUCAACCUGACGGAUGCUGAUGGAGGUUCUGGAGUGAUAUUUGGAGUGUCAGUGGAGGUUGUGGAGUCAGGGGCCUCCAGUGGUAUGUCCUGGGAUAUAUGUACCACUCCCAGGGUAUACUCCACCGCCCUCACGCCACCUACUGUAGAUACCCCAGUUGUUAUGUCAGAGGGCAAAGUGAGGAUGCCCUGGGCACUGGACUGUGAUGCUUGGGCAGGUGUAGUGCUGGCACUGGAGGUCACCUACUGCCCUGGGCAUUAUACCUUCCCCUGGGAGUGCCAAGGUGAAGUGCAGGUGGAGAGUGAGGUGUGGCUAGGUGAGGUCGAGGUGAGGCACCUAGAACCUGAUACACUGUACACAGUAUGGUUGAGAGUCACCUAUCGUGCUGGAACCUCACAGUGGUCACCUGCCCAGUAUUUUACCACUGAUAACUCACCUGUGAAAGUGGUAUGGUGGAUGGUGGUAGUGAUGGUGGUGGUAGGCCUUUCAUCUGUGGUGAUUCUGGUGACCCUCAUCAGAUGCGCAGUAAGGAACUUAUCAGUCACUAUGGACGACAUACACAGAGACAUACACAUCCCUGAGGGGUUGAUCUCCUACAACACACCAAACUCGGUCACAGACGGGAGAAACAGUGUGGGAGAAACCUUGGCCGAUGUUUCGACCCUUUCUGAACCAUCCUCAAGACACCAGUGAAGAAUUAUUAUCAUUAUUAUAAUUAUUAUUAUAAUAAAUUUUCUGUCAAUAAUAAUAAUAAUAAUAAUAAUAAUAAUAAUAAUAAUAAAUACGAUAAUUA